CCGCGCACUCUCGGCGCCGACUGCUAUCCCAAGACGCGGACGAGGCUUCACCACGUCCCGAGCUAACGCCCAUAACUGCAUGCUCUUCCCUCGCUCCCCGACCGGCGGGCUGUCCUGCUUCGGGCGCGGGCCCAGCUUUUCGCUGCUGGAGGAGGAGGACGGCACGCCCAGCGCGCCUUCCGAGGCGAGCGAGGCGGCCGAGGAGACCGCUCCUUCGCCGGCCGAGGCGGAGGACUCGGCCCCGACGAGCGGCGGAGGCAACCCCGCCGAGCACUCGCUGCUCGCAAAGAUCGACUUCUCGCGCAAGCGGCUCGAGUCGGCCUCGGCGCUCCGCUGCACGCUCCGCGGGGUCACUUCGGAGGACUGCGCGGCGCUGGGCGCGGCGCUGCGCGAGAGCGGCGCGCUGGCGGAGCAGCCGGCGGAGCAGCCGGCGGAGGAGCCGCCGGCCGACGCGCUGGUCCGCCGCAGCGGGGCGGGCGAGGGCGGGGCGGAGCUCAGCGACUCGUCCGACGUGCUCGUCGCGUCUUGCCCCGCCAGCCCGGCGGCGGCCUCCGACCAAAGCGGCACCCUCGACCCGCCCUCCUCCUUUGUCCGCAUAGUCGGCGACGCGGGCGCGGCGCACCUGGCCGGCGCGGCGCACUUGGCCGACGCGUUCGUCGCGGGCGGCGGCGGCAGCCUCACUAUCCUUCGGCUCGAGGGGAACACGAUAGGCUGCGCCGGGUGCGAGAGGCUCGCGGCCAGCCUGGCUGCCUUGCCAGCGCUCCGCGUCCUCGGCUUUGGCGACGCGCUGGGCGCGGGGUCGCGAUCGGCGGACGACGGCACGCCCAUGACACACGCUCUCUGA